UCCCAUUCAGUGAGGUGAGAAGCGGUUCGAUUUGCGACCUAAACCGGUCGGGGCCGCACGAAAUAGGCUGGGUCUAGAUUUUCCAAUCUUUUACGUAGUCAUUCGACGUAGUUAUGGCAGCGAACAUGACUUUACACUAGGUAGAUCUACAAGCUGAGCAACAAACGGGGUCAGUUGUCGCAAGGACGGCAUUUGGUCAAGAUAGACGUUUUUGUUGUCCACGUCGCAAAAUUUGCUGCUGCAGCAAGACUUGCCGUGCUAAUUAGCGUCUUGUGGAGUUGAGUUUCGUUUGCAAAGCCCUAGGCAGCCUCCGUCCCAGCCAUGUUCCGUCUGCAGUCACCAGUGGCGUGUGUGCAGCGCGUUGCUCAGGCCCAGCUCCGAGUCAGCAAUGCCCGGGCUCUGGGGGGCCUCGGGCCCAGAAGUUACUCCUCACAGCCAGAAACGGCCACCCAGACUGACAAACCUAUACAGAAGGUCAUGGUCGCCAACAGAGGUGAGAUCGCCAUCCGCGUUUUUCGAGCCUGCACGGAGCUGGGAAUCAAUACCGUGGCAGUUUAUUCUACUGAAGACAGAAUGCACAUGCAUAGACAGAAAGCAGAUGAAGCAUACCCCAUAGGGAAGGGCCUACCUCCAGUGGCAGCAUACCUCAAUAUCCCUGAGUAUAUUCAGAUAGCGAAGGAAAACGAUGUGGAUGCUAUCCACCCUGGGUAUGGCUUUCUGUCGGAACGGUCAGACUUUGCGCAGGCCGUGGUCGAUGCUGGCAUCAGGUUUGUCGGCCCAGCGCCAGAGAUCGUCCGCAAGAUGGGAGACAAGGUGGAGGCCAGACAAAUUGCCAUCGCAGCAGGUGUCCAGGUGGUACCAGGUACUGAUGGCCCAGUGUCCACACUAGAGGAGGCACAACAGUUCUGUUCUGAGCAUGGCUUCCCCAUCAUUCUGAAGGCUGCGUUUGGUGGGGGAGGCAGGGGCAUGCGUAUUGUACGGAACAAAGAGGACCUGAAUGAGAACUUCCAGCGUGCAACCUCAGAGGCUUUGGCAGCAUUUGGCAACGGCUCUCUCUUCAUCGAGAAGUUCAUUGAGAAGCCCAGACAUAUCGAGGUGCAGAUUCUAGGUGACAAGGCGGGAAACGUCGUGCACCUGUAUGAGCGUGACUGCUCCGUCCAGCGGCGGUACCAGAAGGUGGUGGAGUAUGCCCCGGCCCCCGAGCUGGACCCCGUCCUCAGGAAGGGCAUCCUGGCCGACGCCGUGAAGCUGGCGAAGUUCGUUGGGUACGAGAACGCGGGAACGGUGGAGUUUCUCCUGGACCAGGAGCAGGGGAAGUUCUACUUCAUCGAGGUCAAUGCCAGACUUCAGGUGGAGCACACAGUAACAGAGGAGGUCACUGGGGUUGACUUGGUGCAGUCCCAGCUGAAGAUUGCCCAGGGGAACACCCUGCCUGACCUGGGUCUGACCCAGGACAACAUCAGCAUCCACGGGUCGGCCAUCCAGUGCCGGGUCACCACGGAGGACCCGGGACGCAACUUCCAGCCUGAUACUGGCAGGAUAGAGGUAUUCCGAAGUGGAGAAGGCAUGGGGAUCCGUCUGGACAGUGCGUCGGCCUUCGCGGGUGCAAUCAUCUCCCCGCACUACGACUCCUUGCUGUGCAAGGUGAUUGCACACGCUAUCGACCACCGCUCCGCCGCUACGAAGAUGAGGAGGGCGCUGUCUGAGUUCCGAAUCCGAGGGGUCAAGACCAACAUCCCGUUCCUCCAAAACGUGCUGAGAAACGAGGAGUUCCUGUCGGGCGCCAUCUCCACCCACUUCAUCGACCAGAACCCCGGACUCUUCAACUUCAUCCCCAGCCGCAACCGCGCCCAGAAGCUGCUGUACUACAUCGCACACAUCAUGGUGAACGGGCCCUGCACCCCCCUCCCCACCGGCCUCAUGCCUGCAGAGAUCACACCCGUGGCGCCACCGGUACCCUUCGACCCAUCAGACAAAAGGCACAGACGAGACGAGCCUCUCCCGAGAGGUUUCCGUGACAUCUUUGUGGAGCAGGGCCCAGAAGGCUUUGCCAAGGCCGUGCGGAACCACAAGGGUCUGCUGCUGAUGGACACCACAUUCCGUGACGCCCACCAGUCCCUGCUGGCCACGCGCGUCCGCUCGUACGACCUGUGCCGCAUCGCGCCCUUCGUGUCACACAACUUCGCCAACAUGUACAGUCUGGAGAACUGGGGAGGUGCGACAUUUGAUGUAGCCCUGCGGUUCCUAAAAGAGUGUCCGUGGGAGCGUCUGGAGGCCAUGAGAAAGCGGAUCCCUAACAUUCCGUUCCAGAUGUUACUGCGGGGAGCCAACGGUGUGGGCUACACAAGCUACCCUGACAAUGUCAUCUUCGAGUUUUGCAAAGUUGCCAAGGAAACCGGCAUGGACGUCUUCCGUGUGUUUGACUCUCUGAACUACCUGCCGAACCUGAUGCUGGGUAUGGAGGCCGCGGGACAGGCCGGAGGGAUCGUGGAGGCCGCCAUCUGCUACUCUGGGGACGUGUCCGACCCUACGAAGACAAAGUACGACCUGAAGUACUACAUGGACCUGGCAGACGAACUCAUCAAGGGAGGAACGCAUGUUCUCAGCAUCAAGGACAUGGCUGGGCUCCUGAAGCCUCAGGCUGCCAAGAUGCUGAUCUCGGCCCUACGAGACAAACACCCCGACAUGCCCAUCCACGUGCACACUCACGACACGUCGGGCGCCGGCGUCGCCUCCAUGCUGGCGUGUGCGGAGGCUGGAGCAGACGUGGUGGACGUGGCAGUGGACUCCAUGUCCGGGAUGACAUCACAGCCCAGCAUGGGAGCCCUGGUGGCCUCCCUACAGGGGACUGAGCUGGAUACAGGCAUCCCCCUAGAGAGAGUGUUUGACUACAGCGCGUACUGGGAGCAAACCCGGCAGCUGUACGCGCCCUUCGAGUGCACGGUCUCCAUGAAGAGUGGCAACGCAGACGUGUACGAGAACGAGAUCCCUGGCGGACAGUACACCAACCUGCAGUUCCAGGCCUACAGCCUGGGGCUGGCAGACAAGUUCCCUGAGAUCAAGAAGGCAUACGCAGAGGCCAACAAGCUACUUGGUGAUGUCAUUAAGGUGACCCCAUCAUCCAAGGUCGUUGGUGACCUUGCCCAGUUCAUGGUGCAGAACAAGCUGUCCCCAGAGAUGGUUGUUGACCGUGCAGAGGAGCUGUCCCUGCCCAGCUCCGUCAUCGAGUUCUUCCAGGGGUACCUCGGCGAGCCUUACGGGGGCUUCCCGGAGCCGCUCAGGUCAAAGAUCCUUAAGGGCAUGAAGAAGGUGACCGGCCGCCCUGGUGAGUCCAUGCCACCACUGGACUUUGCCGCGCUGAAACUGCAGCUCCUGGAGAAGUUUGGGAAAAAGAUUGCCAUACAGGACUGGGACGUCCUGAGCGCUGCUCUCUACCCCACUGUGCUGGACGAGUACUUGGAGUUCAGGAGCGAUUUUGGACCGGUCGACUGUCUGGAAACAAGACUGUUCCUCACAGGACCCAAGAUUGCUGAGGAGUGUGAGGUGGCCAUUGAGAAAGGCAAAACCCUGUCCAUCAAGCCGCUGGCUGUGGGAGACCUGAACAAGAUGGGUCAGAGGGAGGUCUUCUUUGAGAUGAACGGUCAGCUGCGGUCAGUGCUGGUCAAGGACAACCAGGCGCUCAAGGAAAUGCACUUCCACCCCAAGGCCCUGAAGGGUGUGAAGGGGUCUAUCGGAGCACCCAUGCCCGGCUCUGUCGUCGACAUCAAGGUCACAGAGGGCGACAAGGUGAAGAAGGGCGACCCCCUGGUGGUGCUGAGUGCCAUGAAGAUGGAGAUGGUCGUCAAGGCGCCCAUCGAUGGCGUCGUCAAGAAAAUCUCCGCAGAGAAAGGCAUGAGUCUGGAGGGAGAUGACUUGUUGUUGGACUUGGAAUAGCCCGCAAAAAAAAAACACCCCAAAAGCUCUACUUUGGUCUAGGGUUAGAUGGAGUUUUCUGGUAUGUAACUGCAAGUUUCUCUUCACCUGCCAACGUAUUGGUGCCUUCCUUAGGGCUACAACAAAUGUUUACAGGUGAGGAAAACUCUUAUGUUCAGGGAAAACUUGACUAUCCUAUGGUCUACCAAACUGUGGAAACUCCUGUAGGAUGUGGAUGGAUACUGGAUACUGCAGUGCUGACUUUGGUCAAGUUCAACAGCAACAGUCACUUGAUUGUACCAUUAACAGACAAAAUUUAGUGGUUAAGUAUUGAAGAAACUUUCAUCACUGUCUUAAUGAAAGAUAGAAGAUGUAUCUUUAAUGUCUGGCUCUUCAGAGGAUAUAUCUGGAUACUUGAUUCAUUAUGUAUUACUAAUUAGACAAACAGAUAGAGAAAGGUAGGCACAGAUACAUGUAAAUCACACCACCAUGUGCUCCCUUACUUUUGGCCAUCAAACAAAACAUAUUUGAAGGGAGAUGCUAAAUGCAAAAGUAAGCCAGGAGGUGUUGAUAUACAUAUCUUGUCACAGAAGGUGUGAAUCUCAAAGUUGCACUAUUUUUUAGAUAUUGAGUAACACUAAGAACCUGUCUAUUUACUAACAGGUAGAUUGUGGACAAAGUAAUCAUACUGUACAUUAUGAUAUAGAUAUAAUAUCUAGACAUGUGUAAUCAUGGUGAUGCCUUCUUAAAUCUGGAGUAGUUUAAUAGAAUGUGGAAGAAUGUAGUGAAUAAAUGUGGAGUGUGAAGGAACAAAAUAUUUAUCUUGUAAACAAAUUACUAGCUUAAAUGCUAAUAAGCUUAUUAAUGUAAGAUAUCAUACAUUGAAGGUGGCAUAGCUGGUUUUUGGUGCUACAGAGUGAUGUAAGGAAGAUAUACAUCAGACAGGUUAGAGGAUAAGAGACCAAUAAUUGCACUUCGUGUCUUGUCAAUGGCAAAAAGUAGCAUGGUUGAAAGUGACUCACAUAGAUUCUACCUAAAUGUAUUCUUGCCUAUGGUAUGGUUGUGGUGAAAGAAGAAGUCAUAUUGCUACCUUGGAUAUACUGUGAUAGAUAAAUUACAUUUUGUAUUUAGAUGUGCAUCUGUGGGGACCUCUUUAACAUAGAUUAUCAGCAUCUAGAAUGGUAUAUGUACAUGUAAGUCAAGAAGUAAUGAAAUGUCCUAUCAGAUAUAUUUAGCAGGGCUCAAAUGAACUUGAUAGGGAAAGAAAUUCUACCUUGCUGUUAUCACAAUUUAGCCAAUUAUAAUCCUACUACAUCUUGUGGUACAUCUGGGAAAUCUGCAGAACAUGUUUUCAAAGGCAAGUAGAAUUUCAGUCUACUUGCGAUAUUGUGAUAAACUAAAAAAAAAAAAAAGUAUUUCAAGCCCUGAGUAAUGUUCAAUGUGAGCCAUGUCUAGAAUGUGUCACCAGAGAUCCAGGUAGAAGCUUCUCUUCCAUGCCUUCAUCAGCAAAUGCAGUGUCUUAAUGUGUAUCAAUGCAAUGUGUGUGACACAAUAAGAACAUGACCCAUAGUAACUGUGGUGUUCGUGUACAUUUGUCAGCACUAUCCUGGCAUACUAGCCAUGUAGUUUUAGCUAGAAACAGAUAGCAGCAAAAGUAGUAGUUAACAUGUAGUAGUUAACUGUAAAAAAUGAAGUACGUGUAUUUCAAAGGUAAACUGCACAGUCAAGAUAAUUUCAUUCAGUUUGAUUACUACCAUUGUGUUUUAUCUGUUUUGCAUUUAUCUAAGAAAAAGUGAAAAUUAACCUUCUCCAUGGUGACUAACCCCGUAUUGAUGCCAAGUGGCUACCUUAGCAGGCAGAUGGUUUAAAUGCCAGGGUACAUCUGAUACAUUGUGUCAACACGUACCUCAUACUCAUCUACAUACACCUGCAUGACUCUGCAACCCUCACCCUCGGAUUUUUGAGUGAAACAAUGUUCUGUGAGAGUGAACUGCAUUUAGAGAAGUGAUAGUAUCUGUCACAUUGUAACUAUUAUCCGUAUUACCAAGGAGGUUUAAACCUUCUUGCUAUUAGUAGCAACCUUGUGUGGGGACAGACACAUGUAGUGAGUAAGUAUGCAGAACAUCAGCACCAAUGUAAUUUAGGUUUGUCACAGAUCUGUUUGGAUUUGUGUACACAUCAGUCAUGUAAUAAUUGCAUGAUGUUGUAGUAAUUCUUACAAGUUUUUGUGUCAUGAGUUGAUUAUUGGCAUAAGAUGCAGUACAUUUUACACUCUGUACAUUGACAUGAAACAAAACAAUGUUGUCUUCAAACUUCUA